GGGCCCAGCCCCAGGCGUGAAGCAGCGCCCCCCAGGGGGAUGAGUAACCCUUGGCUGCGAGCGGGCGCAGCCAGGCGGGAGCGUGCCAAGUCCUGAGAUGCCGGAACGCGCCCGGAGCGUCUGGGGUCGUGCCCAAGGGCCGGGAGGGGCGCGGGGCGGAUAAAAGGGCCGCGCGGCGCCGGGGCCGCUUUCUCCGCGCGGUGCCUGCAGAGCUUCGCUCCUCGCCGGCGGGCAGGCGGCCGGGCAGCACCUGAGCGGCGACCCGGGCGCGGGGCCGACCGAGUCGGGGCGCCCGGCCCCUCUCGGGGACCAUCGACGGCAGGAGCGCGGGCCGGGCCAUGGCGGGGUUGGAGAGCGCGCCGGCGGCCAGGCCGAGCCUGACCUCCAUCUCGUCGGGGGAGCUGCGCAGCCUGUGGACGUGCGACUGCGAGCUGGCCCUGCUGCCCCUGGCCCAGCUGCUGCGCCUGCAGCCCGGCGCCUUCCAGCUGCGCGGCGACCAGCUGGUGGUCCCCGGCCCCGCGGAGCCCGCGGCCACGCGCGGGGGCUUCAACGUCUUCAGCGACGGCCACGUGCGCCUCGACGGACAGCUCUACCGCCUCAGCAGCUACAUCAGGAGAUAUGUGGAACUGACCACCUACUGCGAUUAUAAAGACUACCGGGAAACUAUAUUGAGCAAACCAAUGCUAUUCUUUAUUAAUGUACAGACCAAAAAGGACUCCUCGAAAGAAAGAACGUAUGCAUUUCUUGUGAACACCAGGCACCCCAAGAUAAGAAGACAGAUAGAGCAGGGGAUGGACAUGGUCAUUUCCUCAGUGAUUGGAGAAAGCUACUGGCUUCAGUUUGAUUUUCAAGAGGCAGUAAAGAAUUUUUUCCCUCCAGGAAACAAGCUGGUUAAUGGAGAAGAUGUGAGCUUUGCGUAUGAAUUCAAAGCUGAUGCGUUAUUUGAUUUCUUCUAUUGGUUUGGGCUCAGCAAUUCCACUGUAAAAGUGAAUGGAAAAGUUCUGAAUUUGUCAAGUACAAGUCCAGAAAAGAAGGAGACCAUUAAAUUAUUUCUGGAAAAAAUGAGUGAACCUUUAAUCCGAAGGAGCAGCUUCUCUGACCGAAAAUUCAGUGUAACUUCCAGAGGUUCACUAGAUGAAGUUUUUAACUGCAAUCUGUCACCCAGAUCAUCUCUGAUGGAGCCUCUUUUGUCAGAAUUACCAUUUCCUUGUGUUCUGGAACCUGAAGAGACACCCAACCCAUUUAUCUGAUUGGAUUGGACAUUUUGCGGCUCCUCCUAUACCCCAGGCCUAUGCCAGAACCGAAGGCUGAGGGGAUCCAAGAGAGAUGGGAGGCGGGUACCUCUGCCCUCUGCUCCUACAGAGACCCCUCCUCUCCAUUUUUGUGGGUGAUGCCUUGGCAGGGCUGAUGCAGCUGUCUUCAGGAUGGGAGGGCUUUGGCUCCAUGGCCUGGGAGGUUCCUCUCCUUUUAACACUUCUCCAAAGAGUCAGAGGGAGUGGUAGAUUCCUGCCACCCUGAAUAUUUUGCUUAUACCAUGGCGUCCUGGGAGCUCCCUGGGCAGCCUUUGUGGGAACCAUCUGACCUGGGUUUUGCCCUGUGAUGCUUCAUAAAUCUGGGUUUAGCCCUCUGCUUGUCUGAACCCAAACCCAGCAAGCUUGGGGUUAGCAGUGCUGUUCUCUUGCAAACCUUGCUGAGCAAAAAGCCCAGGACAUCUUUCACCAGAAGGCAAGUAUGUUUUUCAUCCUGCCCAUAGGAUGAAACCUUAGGAGAGACAUUCACGGUGAGGCUCGCGGGAGGAUUGGCCAGGUUGAUAAGGCGGUAACCCUGCCACCCGCUGCCUGAAAUUUGAACUCCCUUGACCUCCCUCUUAACAAAGUGGCCCGUGUAGAAAGAGGCCAGGUGAUGUGAUACCAAACAUGACAGGAGAAGGAUAAUGUAUGCGGCAUUGUCCUCUCUAUUAAAAGCACAUUAUGUCAGUUGGGUAUUUCAUAAGCUUUUAGCAAUCCUAACACUAAAAGCAAAAUAGAAGAAAGCUAUACCAUUACCAUAAUACAUUGUUACACCAAUACAUUUUUCAUCUCAUAGCUACAGUGGAGUUCUUCAAAAAGAAAAAAAAAAAUCAUCCUAUUUACAUCCUAAAAACCUGCAUGAAUGAGUUGCUACACAGGCUUAUAAUGAGAAAGAUUUCUGGGUCCUGAGUAUAAUUUUUCUGUCCUUUUAAAAAAUAUUCUUGUAUUAUACAUUAUGAUAGCACUAC